AUGGACCCGAGAGACACGGCUCCGGAUUCGUGGGAGCUGGAGGAAGACGCCGAGGCCCCGGCCAACUCUGCGGCGGCGGCGGCGGCGACUCUCCCGGGCGUCUUCGCCGCGCUCAACGUCAACGCCAAGCCGUUUGUCCCCAACCUCAACGCCCCGGUGUUCGUGCCGAGCUUCCUUCAGAGCAACGCGGCGGAAAUGCCUACCACCGAGGGUACCCCUGAUCCUGUUGUCAGCAUUGACAUGGCACAAACAGUCGCUCCGGUGGAGAAUGGCGGUUCCGAGGCCGACAUGGCGGGAGACGAAGAGACAUGGGAGCAGAACGAGGAGCCUGGUGGCGGCGGCGGCGGCGGACGAGAGGACCCGGGCGCCACGGGGGACUGUCGAGCCCACGUCGAGAUCCAGGAGGAUGAGGAGAUGAUCAUGGAAGAGGAAGAGGAGGAGAUGCCACUUCCCAAAGCGGCUCCUUCUACGCCCGACGCCCCCAAGAAAGAGCACGUCAAUGUUGUCUUCAUCGGUCACGUGGAUGCUGGAAAAUCAACUAUUGGUGGACAGAUCAUGUAUCUAACUGGAAUGGUGGAAAAGCGAACUUUGGAAAAAUACGAAAGGGAAGCAAAAGAAAAGAACAGAGAAACAUGGUACCUGUCGUGGGCUUUGGACACCAACCAAGAGGAGCGAGACAAAGGGAAGACUGUGGAGGUGGGCCGGGCCUACUUUGAGACGGAGAGAAAACACUUCACCAUUCUUGAUGCUCCUGGGCACAAGAGCUUUGUCCCUAACAUGAUUGGAGGAGCGUCACAAGCUGACCUGGCUGUCCUGGUGAUCUCGGCGAGAAAGGGCGAAUUCGAGACCGGGUUUGAAAAAGGCGGACAGACUCGGGAGCACGCCAUGCUGGCCAAAACGGCGGGCGUCAAGCAUCUCAUUGUGCUGGUCAACAAGAUGGACGACCCCACUGUCAAUUGGAGCCUAGACAGGUAUGAAGAGUGCAAGGAAAAACUGGUGCCAUUCUUAAAGAAGGUUGGCUUCAACCCCAAGAAGGACAUCUACUUUAUGCCUUGCUCCGGACUCACAGGUGCCAACCUCAAGGAACCCGUGCCCGAAUGUCCCUGGUACACGGGUUUGCCAUUUAUUCCACACUUGGAUAGUUUGCCAAACUUCACCAGAUCUGUUCACGGCCCAGUAAGACUCCCCAUUGUAGAUAAGUACAAGGACAUGGGUACAGUCAUUCUUGGGAAGCUGGAGUCAGGAUCCAUCAGCAAAGCCCAGCAGUUGAUUAUGAUGCCAAACAGGCACAUAGUUGAAGUACUGAGCCUCCUAAGCGAUGAGGUCGAGACAGAAGACGCAGGUCCCGGAGAGAACCUGAAGAUGAGGCUGAAGGGCAUCGAAGAAGAAGAGAUCUUGCCCGGUUUCAUCUUGUGCAGCCCCGACAACCUUUGCCACACCGGCCGCACCUUUGACGCUCAGAUCGUCAUCAUAGAGCACAAAUCCAUCAUUUGUCCCGGUUACAACGCAGUCCUUCACCUUCACACCUGCAUCGAAGAGGUGCAAAUCUCUGCCUUAAUUUGUAUGGUGGACAAGAAGACCGGAGAGAAAAGUAAAACACGGCCACGCUUUGUCAAGCAGGACCAGGUUUGUAUUGCCAGGUUCCGGGCGGCGGGAGUCAUCUGCAUUGAGACUUUCAAGGACUUCCCUCAGAUGGGGAGAUUCACACUACGAGAUGAAGGCAAAACCAUCGCCAUCGGAAAAGUGCUGAAGCUGGUGCCAGAAAAGGACUAA